AUGGUGCUGCCCUUCAAGAUCUCCUACCACUUCAAUGGUAAUGACUGGAUUUUUGGUCCUGCCAUGUGCCGUGUGGUGACUGCAGCCUUUUACUGGAACAUGUACUGCUCAGUUCUGCUCAUAGCCUGUAUCAGUGUGGACCGACUCCUCGCUAUAGUCUAUCCUAUGGAUUCUCUGACCUGGAGAAGUCCUGGGAAGGCAGUUGUUGCCUGUGCAGCCAUGUGGAUACUGUCCUUUCUAGGGUCGAUGCACCUUCUCUUCACUGAACAGACUGUUUACCUUGAACACUUGAACAUCACCACAUGCCACGACAUCCAGCCCGCACCUUUUUUCGAAUGCUACAAGAUGUAUAUCACCAUCGUCUGUUUACUCCUCUUCUUCCUGCCGUUGAUUAUCAUUGUGGUCUCCUACACUCGGGUGAUCAUGACCCUGAGCAAGGCCCAGCUAGGAGUUCCAGAUCAGUCACGCAAGAAAAGAAGAGCUGUGGUGUUGGCUGCAUCAGUGCUGGUGAUGUUUCUGCUUUGUUUCACGCCCACUAACUGCAUCUUACUUGUGCAUCUGCUGAAGUUUAAGGGGGAAGAUCUAAGUAACCAUGCUGAUAACCUCUACAUAGUCUACUCAGUGUUUCUGUGUUUGGGAAGUCUGAACUGCCUCCUGGAUCCUCUGGUCUACUACUUUGGGUCGUCCCAGUUUCAGAAAGAGCUGUCCAGUAUGCUGGGUCACCAGAAGACCAAACAGAACACCAGCAGCGGUCAAUCAUCUGAUCCAAGCACUUCCACCAGCCAAGCACUUUUGAAAUCCAACUGCAAAGAUGGCUUCAAAGUUAACCCUCCAGUCACCAACAGUGACUCUUCUCAAGCAAAUCUUUGCAGCCACUGCAGGAAACUCCUGGUUUAA